AUGACUCACAACUCACAAUUCUCGAUGGCCAAAUGUCAUACAAGUAUUGUUUGUAACUUUUGGAGCAAAAUUGACAAGUUUUGGGUAAUAAUGUUAGCCAAGUAUAUUCUUGUUCUGACAUGUCAAAAGGCGGUGGCAGUCUCGGGUAGGAUAAAUGAUGAACCCUGGAAUAUUCCCAAAUGGCUUGCGUCGUCGUUGAGAUGCGAACAUAUUUCUAUAAAGACUUCUGGUGGAAUAAUAAACUUUAUCUCGGUAUUCGAUGUUGGUGGUGGUGGUGAUGGAGAGGAUCGGGAGUAUAUGCUAGAAGAUUUGGAGUAUGUGGAGGGUGAUUCGGAACAUGCGGUGGAGGAUUUGGAAUAUACAGUAGAAGAUUUAGAGUACGCGAUGGUGGAGGGAGAGUCUAAGAGUUGGUCGACUUGUAAUACUUGA